AUGGAGACUCCUCCCAUGGCUGCUCCUUCUGUCCCUCUAGGCUGGGUCGCCCAGUGGGAACGACGAUAUCAGAGGUGGUUCUACGUCAGUCAAGACAGCGGUCGCGCUCAAUGGGAACAUCCCUCCCCUCCCUUUACCCCUGGCCCGCCGCCUGCCACUAGAUCGUACCCCGGUGUGUACGGCGGCCAACCCUACGCUGCCAUGUCUGCGCCCCUCCACACCACGCCUUACCCUUAUCGCGGGAACGGCUAUGUCGCCGAGCACCCCCGGCCAGGUUACGGCGGCGGGUAUCCGGCGCAGCCCUACGGUGGGCACGGUUAUGGCGGAGGGUAUCCCGCGCAACACUACGGCGCCCAGGCCGGGGAGAAGACGAAGAGCGGCAGUAGCGGCGUUUUGAUGGGCGCAGCCGGCGGUCUGGCUGUCGGCGCUAUUGGCGGUGCCCUGGUGGCUAAUGCCCUGAACGAUUCGGACAAUAGCGGCGACGAAGAGGCCCCCGCACCGGCUCCACCAGCGUAUUACCCUCCCCCCGAAGAAAACUACUACGCACCGCCCUCCGAGGACGAAGCCCCCGCGUUUGACAGUGGCCCGCCUCCCGUCUUGGGCGCGGUGGACGAAGACGGCAAUUCGAUCAGCUCCGGCGACCGGGAACGAGUCGCCGAGGCCCGUGAGGAGUAUGAGGAGGCUCUCGUUGCUGCCGCUGAUUCGGAUGCCGCCAGCAGUGACCAUGAGGCCGUCGAAGAGGCUCGCGAGGCGUAUGAAGAAGCCUACCAGGACGUGUAUGGGGGAGAGGAAGAGGAUUACGGAGGAGAAGACGAGGACUAUUAUGACGACGAAUAA